AUGCCAAUUGCACCCGCACAAGAUCCCCCUGAGUCAUACUGGGGAGCUCUGCCCACGCUCGAGCAAGUGCUGGAUGUAUCCUCGGCUGCUGGCGAAGCAGCUCGAGUGCGUGGCGGGCUCGCUCCGUGGGUCAGAACAGCCGACGUGAAUACCUCGACACGCACCGAGGCGUACGGCAUCAACUUGUCGAACCACGACGUGAAUGAUGCUGCCGAACCAGCACGAGGAAGGCCGAAUCGCAGCCUCCGAGAGGAUAUCUCACCCAUCGUCUUUGGGGGAGGUAUCCUGAGAUUGGGCGAUGGACAGUAUCGGGACACGUCGGAGGAGAAGGUGAAGGGCUUAGACAGCUUCAGAGUCGUGCACCUGGCCCUCUCAUACGGCAUCAACGCAAUCGAUACAUCCGCCUACUACUAUCCCUCCGAGAUACUUCUUGGACGUAUCCUACGUCUCCUCUCGCCCCUCCAUCCUCGUUCUUCCUAUCGCCUCCUGACAAAGUGUGGUCGCUACGGUCCCUCUUUGGAACAUUUCGAUUAUUCCCCAAAAGGCGUCAGGGAAAGCGUUGGAAAGAGUUUGAAAAGGCUGAACACGAGUUAUUUGGACCAGGUGUUGUUGCAUGAUGUGGAAUUUGUGGCGGAAAAGGUCGGUGCAAGCCAUGAGCAGGGCUUCGACGCCAGGGAUGCGGCGAGACAUGAGGGUGAGUCGACCUCGGGUCUUGCCCUGCAGAAAUCUUUGGGUCUCUCUGCUGCAAGUUGGGGCACAAGCUGCGGCCCAGGCGAUGCGGCAGUCCUGGGCGCACUCCAAGAGCUUUUCAACCUGAAAGACGAAGGGUUGAUACUGAAUGUGGGCAUAAGCGGCUACCCUCUUCCCGUGCUGCUCAGGAUUUGCAGACUGGCAUACAUCGAGUUGGGCCGACCGUUGGACUGCGUGCUUAGUUACAGUCAGGAUUGUCUGCAUUCGGACCUAUUGAGAGCUUGGAGGGGCCUCUUCGAGAUGGACCAGAGGCAGUCGCGCACUUCACAUGCGGAGCGCAACGGAAAGUGGAACCCGCCCUUGUUGCUCAAUGGAAGUCCAUUUUCGAUGGGACUGCUCACAGAAGGUGCGGUGCCCGAUUGGCAUCCAGCCCCGCAAGAGCUGAAAGAUGCAUGUCUGCGAGCAGCCCAGAGUCUGCUUUCGGCCUCCAGCGCACCUCAUGACGCAGCCGGGCUGGAAAGACAUCAUGGCACGGGCUUCCCAACGCUUGUGGGCAUGGCGACGUGCGAUCAUGUACAUGCGGCCAUCCAGACCAUGCGCGUUCUGAUGGCUCGCACGUCUGCUCAGAAUUCCUGCGAGACAAACGCUAAGAACGGAGCAUCGAACGGAGAGCGACAGUCUCAAGCUUUGCAAGACGCGGCGGAGAAGAAGGUCAAAGACAUGGUGAGGGAGAGCGGAUAUGUAGAUUGGAGUUGGGCUAGCGGAUGA